CUGCACCCGGUCCGUAAACCAACCCGCACCACAGCGCCAAAGCGCAGAUUUCGACGCGCCGGGGCAGCCAAAAAAAGCAAGCGCCGGGUCUCAUCAUUGCGACGGGAUCUCUGCUCGACAGCGUCACCGACCCAGUUCUUAAGCGCCGCCGCAGCAAGGAGCUGCAAGCGGUACCGUCCAGCAAGGGCAGCCCAUUCUCCAGGCUCCAUAGCGCCGCGAGGCGAAACCAUGGCCGAGUGGAGCGGCGUCCGCAUGACGAAAAAGUACCUAGUGGAACUCUGCCAGAGACACGACGGAUAUAGGACACCGUCGGUGAACGAUAAAUUAUACCUCCACCAACAAGGGUUCCGACGGCUCGACCCCGAGGUCCUCAAGGAGUUCACGGGCAUCAAGAUGCUGUGGCUCCAGGCUAAUGGUUUGGAGAAGCUCGAGGGUUUUGAACAUAUGCCGCUGUUGAGAAACAUCGCGGCUCAUGAAAAUUGCAUUGAAAAAAUAGAAGGCUUAGAACAUUCCAAGGAGUUGGAUUCUAUAAACUUGAACAGAAACUUCAUCAAGAAGGUCGAGGGCUUCGAAAAGAAUCAAAAUUUAACAAGUAUCAAUCUCGGUAACAACGCGAUCGGCCCUGAUGCUGAAAGUUAUAAAGCCGUCGCAGAAAACUUGCCAAAGCUCCAAACGUUAGAUUUACAAGCUAAUAAAAUAGAAGAUGGUGCCGAACUGUUGAAAAUAUUGCAAAAAAUACCCGACCUGCGCGUCUUUUAUGGGAUGGGCAACCCUUUCGUCAAAAGCUUCCGACACUACCGUAAAAGAUUCGUGGCCGGUUUACCUUCUUUGCGAUACUUGGACGACCGGCCGGUCUUCGAGGAUGAAAGAAAAAGAUGCGAGGCGUGGUUCGCUGCUUUUGGCGAAGACGAAAAUUUGGACGCAGCAAAUGCCGCGGAGCGCGACAUGAUCAAAACUAUAAAACAGGAGAAGCGCGACCAGGAGGAGCGCCGCGUCAAGGCUUUCGAUGAUAUGAUCCGCGAGGCGCGCGCGGCGCACGCCGCGGCCGAGGCGGCGAAGCAGUUGGAGGGCGUGUCCUUCUCGGGCGACCCCAUCCACGGCGUGAACGGGCCGCUUCGUGAUGAAAACGCGGACCCGAACAAGCCGCGGAAGCCGUUUGUCGACGUCGAGGACCUGGACUAA